UCCUUAAAAGGCUUUGUUCACCGUGAUUUGGCGGCUCGGAAUGUUCUUGUAGCAGACGACAAACGAGUGAAAGUCACAGAUUUCGGCUUGACUCGUGACGUGUACGAAGAGAGUGCCUACCAUGCUCGUGCACMGCGGAAACUUCCAAUCAAAUGGAUGGCACCGGAAUCACUUUACGACCACGUUUUCACAACAGCCAGUGACGUAUGGUCAUACGGUAUUUUACUUUGGGAAAUAGCUACAUUAGAUUUUGAGCAGCUUCUACAGGGCGAUGACGAGUACUUGGACCUUGCUCAACUGGAAAACAGCCAUGAUUGCUUAUACUCACUGCCUUCGUUUGAGAAUUCCRGUGAAGACAAUAGUGCUUUGAGUUCAGAAAAUAAAGAUCUCAAUGAUAACAGUAGUGUUGAAUGUGGAAUAAGAGUCGGUAAAAUUAGUGAGGAUUUGAAAACUGACGAUACAGAAGCAUAAAGUCGAUGCUACACGAGGCGAUUUUUUGAUAAAAUAACCAAAUUCUUAGAUUUAUGGAUGUGUCAACACGUGGCGAGGAUUUUUCAGCUUCAAAAGACUUGCAACUUGAAAGAAGAUACAGCAACUGAUUUGACGAGUGUAAAAUAUUUUUUGUUAAUCAGAAACCAGGAUCGUCAACAAACACAAUUUCCACAGUUUUGAUUAUUUGUCAUGAAAAAUUGUAAGGAAUAUUAAAAAGAACUCCACUCGUGUAGCAUGAACUAUCAACUCAAGACUCGUAUCGUUGAAAUAUCAUACGUAACAUCAGCUUUGAUGCAAUCAAGUAACUGCAUAUUUCUAGCAUAAUAAUUGCCAUUUUCUCAGCAAAGAGAGAAAUGAAUUUGACAAGGUUGGCAAAUAAAUUACUACUAAUAAAAAGAGAAAAAAUAAUUAACAGUAUUCUGUUAAUUGUAAAUUAUUGUAUGAACUCAUAAUCAACUAGCCAGUGUUUAGUUUUUAACUUGCAAAUACUGUUUUUUGAAUAAAUAGUUUGGAAUUA